AUGAAGUCCAAGCUUCUUUUAGCCAUGCUUUUCGCUGCUUCGGCGGUGGCAGCAACGGUGAUGGAAGAAUCGGAGCCAGAAUACUCCCUCCAAAAACGAGCGUUCUACAAAGAUGGCUACAAGAUCUUUAAACGCAAGCGAAAUGCUCACGCCUGCAUGAUGUCCAUCGUCUUCAUCGUCCUCUUUCCGCUGGGUGCCAUCUCCCUUCAUCUUCCCCUCCGAGGCGUUCGCGUGGUUCAGUUCAUUCACGCGCCAAUCCAAAUCCUGGGGAUGGCCAUGAUGAUUGGCGCACUGGGGCUGGGUAUCGACAUUGCAGACAAUGAUUUGAACUACUUCGCCGGCAGCACCUCGACCAAAGCACAUGUCGUGAUCGGCCUACUGGCAACCUCGGCGCUGAUCCUCUUUCAGCCGGCACUAGGGUUAUUGCAGCAUCGUUAUUUCAAAAAGACCGGCAAGAAGAGCAUGUUCGCCUACAUCCAUCGGUGGCUCGGCCGCAUUGCCAUCUGUCUGGGUUGGAUCAAUUCCGGCUUGGGAUUCCAGCUGGUGCCCAUCUCGCUGGUGGCCACCCACUCGCUGGUCCGAAACUUUGUGAUCAUGGGAGUCCUAGGAGGGAUCUGGUUCUUCUUGAUUGGAUGGGACGGAUAUCGACACCACUGGGCGAAGAAAGACAAGAUGUCGGCAUACCGUGUUGGAUGGGAAAAAGGGGUGGUGCUUCGAGGUCAGCGAGGGGAGGAGGCAGGUAUCAAGGACAGCAAGCCAGAGUCGGGCAGUUCUGAGGAUCACCAGGAUGAGGUGAACCACCAAUGA